GCCAAAUAACCCGCGGAGCCGGGAGCGACCUCACGAUGUGACAUUUAACUUCAAAAUACAGAGAGAGCGGUCAUGUUUUCACUAAAAUAUAUAUCCGGAAGGUGUUGAGAGUAGCAUCAGCGAUGACCCGCGUUUUUAAAUGUCUGCGUUGGACGUUUUAGGACGAUUAGAAACAGCCGAAGUUUAAAUCUGACGUUUCCUGAAGCGACUUUGUAACGUGGGAAGAAAAACCUGAGAAGAUGGAGGACGUCGCCAUGGAGCCGGACUCAGUGGACCUGUCGGGACCGGAACCUCACCACAGGGUCUCCGCUGCGUGGGACGCCGUCACCGCGGAGCUGGUGUCCGCGGACCCCUCCAUGUCAGACCGGGACCUGUCGGACGCCCUGGCCCUGCUGAGCCGCCGGGGCCUGAGCCGGCUCCUGGGCCCCUGGCUCCUGGAGACGCUGCAGCUGCGCCUGUCAUCCAGCGUGGUCCCCGAGUUCUGGUCCGGGCUCCACCAGCCAGAGAACGAGCUGCAGGAGAGGGACCGGGCCCUGGUCCUGCUGAGGGCCUUCCGGACCCUGCUGGACCGUCUGGACCCCUUCCUGAAUGGGCUGCAGAGGCUCGGGACCUGGCAGGAGGAGGGCCGCGGGGGGCUCAGCGGCCCCGGGCCCCGGGGCCUCCGGGAGCGGGCCUUCACCUCCAUCCGGGCCUUGCUGCUCUUCUCGCCGGUGCCCGUCCUGCAGGAGCGAGUGCUGGAGUUCUACAGCCGCACCUUCUCCAUCUACAUGAAGCCGCAGGGCGGCGAGGAGGGCGGCCCCGCGGCGCCCGAGGGCUCCGACGACCCCCAGGCGUCCGAGGGCGGGGCCUGCCCGGGCUGCGGCGUCCCGGCGCCGGCCUGCUGGUGUCAGGAGGCGAUGGAGCUCCUGCAGGAGCUCAGCCAGAUGCUCUGGAGGCUGCAGCUGCUGCAGUGGGUCAGCACGGAGGCCGUCACCUCCAUCCUGCACCGGCUCAUCGAGCAGCGGAUGGAGCAGCACUGCCGCGGCGAGUACGAGCGCUCCUUCCUGCUGGACUUCCAGGAGUGGCUGGAGCUGGUGCUGGGCUGGCUGAGCAAGGUGUUCAUCGGAGAGAAGGACGGAGACUGCGAUGGCGAUGGAGCGGCGCCCGGAGGCCCGGGAGGCCCCGGCAGCACGGUCCUGAAGCAGUGGAGGUGUCACAUGCAUCAGUUCUUCUGCAAGACCUACGUCAGCAUGAGGAUCGAGGAGCUGUUCAGCAUCAUCAGAGAUUUCCCAGAAUCCAAAGCGGCCAUCGAGGACCUGAAGUUCUGUCUGGAGCGGACCAAUCAGAGGCAGCAGCUGCUCAGCUCGCUCAAAUCUGCGUUUGAGAGUCGUCUGCUUCACCCGGGCGUCCACACGUCCGACAUCCUCACAGUUUACAUCUCGGCCAUCAAAGCGCUCCGAGAGCUCGACCCGUCCAUGGUCAUCCUGCACGUGGCCUGUCAGCCCAUCCGCAAGUACCUGAGGACCCGUCACGACACGGUGCGUCAGAUCGUGGCCGGGCUCACCGGCGACUCGGAGGGCUGCUCCGACCUGGCGGCCGAGCUGUCCCGGGGCGACCCCGUGACCCUGGAGAUGCAGGACAGCGACGACGAGGGCGCCGGCCCGGAGGACUGGACCCCGGACCCCACCGACGCCGUGCCCGAUAAAACGGGCUCCAAGCGGCGCUCGUCGGACAUCAUCAGCCUGCUGGUCAGCAUCUACGGCAGCAAGGACAUCUUCAUCGACGAGUACAGAGCCGUGCUGGCCGACCGGCUGCUCCACCAGCUCAACUACAACACGGCCAGGGAGAUCCGGAACGUGGAGCUGCUCAAGCUUCGGUUUGGAGAUUCUCACAUGCAUUACUGCGAAGUCAUGCUAAAGGACAUGGCGGACUCCCGUCGGAUCAACAGUAACAUCCGCGAGGAGGAGCAGCGGCUGAGCGAGGAGGAGCAGCCGCCGCUCUCGCUGUCGGCCAUCAUCCUGUCGUCGGAGUUCUGGCCCAGCCUGAAGGAGGAGAAGCUGGAGCUGCCGCCGGUGGUGUGCCAGGCCAUGGAGGCGUACACACACCGCUACGAGAAGCUCAAGGCCAUGAGGACGCUGAGCUGGAAGCCUCACCUGGGCUCCGUCACGCUGAACGUGGAGCUGGAGGACCGGACCCUGAUCGACCUCACCGUGUCGCCCAUCCACGCCGCCAUCAUCCUGCACUUCCAGGACAAAAGCUCAUGGACGCUGGAGGAGCUGAGCGCUCAGAUGGGGGCGCCGCAGGAGCUGCUGCACAGGAAGCUGGCGCUGUGGCAGCAGCACGGUGUGCUGCGGGAGGAGGCGCCCGGCCGCUACUGCGUGGUGGAGACGGGCUCCAGCGGCGAGCGGCUGGAGAGGGGCGUGAUGCUGAUCGACAGCGACGAGGAGCGGGACUCCAACACCACCACGCAGUCCGAGCAGCGGGAGGAGAAGCUGCAGCUGUUCUGGGCCUACAUCCAGGCCAUGCUGACCAACCUGGACAGCAUGACACUGGAGCGGAUCCACUCCAUGCUGCGGAUGUUCGUCGCCACGGGACCCGUCGUCACGGAGAUGGACGUCAACGAGCUGGAGGCCUUCCUGCAGAGGAAGGUCCGGGACCACCAGCUCAUCCAGUCCGCCGGCGUCUACAGGCUGCCCAAGUCCAACUGACGGGGGCGGAGCGGGCGGCGCGCUGCGUUCAGGCGCGCGCGGGAAACGCAGGACAUUGAUAAAACACUGACUGAAGUUCCAGUUCUGUGUUUUCCCAGGUCACCUGAAUGCAACACGAUUUUAAAUAAAGACUGUUGAAAUAA